AUGAAUCAAACUGAAAUCAGAGUAAACCGCGAAUUCAAAGAAGCUGUCAGAGAAAGAACAUUGUUUAAUCUGAAGAAGAGGCUCUUCAAGAACACGCUAUCCGAAGAAAAACGAGUUAUUAUGGAUGAAAGAGACUGCAAAUGCAACGAUCCCAAUCUAAUAAACUUAUUUACUGCCACCCAGAUUUGUGAAUGGAACAAGGAAGAGAACGUAGAUCCCGAUGUUCUAGAACUGGGCACGCAUGAGAUAAUGGUGAUGGUUUAUUGGUGGAUUGUUUUCGUUCUAGGCCUGCUCGUCAAUUCCACAGUGAUUUUCAUGAUCCUAUCGAAUCGAUCACUGAUGGUGACGGCGAGCCACGUCUACGCUCUACACAUGGCCAUUGCAGAUCUACUCUUAAUUCUCAUUCUUCCGGUUCACAUGCUGGAAUACCGAACGCAUCCAACAUGGAAGUGGAUCAAGUCGUGGGCGAUGGACUCUUCGGAAUCGAACUCGACGAUGCUCGCUCCAGCAUCAAACAACAUAGAAGCAAGGCAAUUCCCGCUCCUUUUUGGAAAGGCUAUUUGCCCGAUCUACGCAACAAUCAAAUCGGUGAACUUCGUCGUCUCUAUAUACUUUCUGAUGCUUAUGGCGAUUGAUAGAUACAUUGCAAUCCACUGUAACAAAUAUGCAAUAGUGCCUCGGAAUCGCCCGCCGAAGAGAGCCCACUUGAUUAAUUCAUUUAUUCUCUAUUUCUUCUCAAGUUUUGUCUGGUUCAUGGCGCUGAUCAUUACGUUUCCAAUUUGGUCCUACACAAAGUUCGACACAGAAACGUUCCGUUGCCACGAAGAUUGGGGAAUGCUGAAUGCCACCAUCCCUCAAGUUCCAGAAAACGAGCGAGAUCUCAAUGACAAAAUGUGCAUGGGAAGCUUUCAUUUCUCGAAGUCGCACACAUCCAAUUGCAACUUCAGCUCAAUAAUUCAUCAAAGUUCAAAUUUUUCGAUGCGUAAAACAGGCGAGAAUCUUCCUGGAAUAUAUGAUAAUGGAGAAAACGAAGACUACUUAGAUGAAAUUUUCGAUGAAAUGUCAGAAAGCGAAAGUAACAGUGAAGACUUUCUGCCCGAGCCCGGCGUUAAGAUAACUAUAGACGAAAAGACGUUUGACCCAACCGCGAAAAGAAUACUUGACCCUUUCGAGUGGACAGAAAUGGUUAUGAAUGACGCACGUGGUGGAUGCAAAAGUGAAGUGAAUCUCACUCACGAGUCGAUCUUAUUUGUCAAGAACUGGCCGAAAAAUUGUCAAAUGAAACUGAGCAAUAUCAAUGAGUGUUCCUGUGAUACGUCAUCCGAAUUCAAACAGCACACAUGGCUGAUAUUUGUGUUUGCUUUCACCGUUCCAAUAAUCGUCAUCACUUAUUGCUACGUGCAGUUCCUGAAAUCAGUUUACUCAGUAGCCAGAUCAGCGGGAAACACAUCGCAGCAAAGUCGCGAUCAUGCCAAGGAAAUCAAACGUCUUUCUUUCCUUGUCUUUUGCUUGAUAUUUGCCUUUUUGCUCUGUUGGGGACCUGCUCAACUUAUUACUGUUCUCAAGGCAUCUGGUACACUCCAAAACUCUUCGCGGCGACUUUGUAGAGGCCUUCUUCAAUCGAAAAAUUUCUUGGUCUGGACCUCAGCAGUCAUAAACUCUCUCAUUUAUAUGAGUAUGGGUGGGUUCAGAAGAAGAAUAAAAGGCUCGAUAAAGGAGUUCCGGGAGUCGAGGUCAAAAACGAUGGAGUCCCGCUUGUCGCGGAAUGACGCUACUCCCCGAACGAGCUUCAUGCCGUCCCAGAACGGAACAGAAUGGAACUCAUUACUUGCCCGAGAAAGCAAUCAACCAGCAGUGAAUGGAACAACUCCUCUUUUCAAGACGACGAAUAUGUUCGAAAACGACACGUCUCCGCAUUCUUGA